CCCGCCCCCGUCCCUCCCGCCCGCCCGUCCCCAUGGCAGCCGCCGGGCCGGGCCGGGCCAUGGCGGCGGCCGCUCUCUGCUUGGGCCGGGCCCCGCCGCCAUCGCGGCCGCGGCCGCCGCUGGUGGUGAUCCUCGGCGCUACCGGCACCGGCAAGUCGGCGCUGGCGCUGCAGCUCGGCCUACGACUCGGUGGGGAGAUCGUCAGCGCCGAUUCCAUGCAGGUGUACAAGGGCUUGGACAUCAUCACGAACAAGGUUUCUCCCCAGGAGCAGCGUCUCUGCAGACACCACAUGAUCAGCUUUGUGGAUCCCCUUGUCUCUAACUACACGGUGGUGGAUUUCAGAGACAAAGCUGUGGCUCUGAUUGAAGAUAUCUUUGCCCGAGACAAGAUCCCGAUUGUUGUGGGAGGAACCAACUACUACAUCGAGUCCCUGCUCUGGAAGGUCCUUAUCAACACAAAGGGGAAGGCCAGCACAGCCCCCGGGCUGGUCACCGACAGGAAAGUGGAGCUGGAGCAGCUGGACGGCGUUGAGCUCCAUCGCCGCCUGAGCCAGGUGGACCCAGAGAUGGCGGCCAAGCUGCACCCCCACGACAAGCGCAAAGUGGCCAGGAGCCUCCAAGUGUUUGAAGAGACGGGGAUCCCCCAUAGUGAAUUCUUGCACCAGCAGCAGGAGGAGGAAGGUGGGGGGCCCUUAGGUGGGCCCCUGAAAUACCCACAUUCCUGCAUCCUGUGGCUCCAUGCAGACCAGGCAGCUCUGGACCAGCGGCUGGAGAAGCGGGUGGAUGACAUGCUGGCUGCGGGACUGCUGGAGGAGCUGCGGGACUUCCACCGACGCUACAACCGAGAGAAGGUGGCUGAGAACCGGCAGGAUUACCAGCACGGCAUCUUCCAGUCCAUCGGCUUCAAGGAGUUCCAUGAGUACCUCGUCAGUGAGGGGAAUUGCUCGCCUGAGACCAGUGCCCUGCUGCUGCAAAAAGGGAUCCAGGCCCUGAAACAGGUGACCAAGAGAUAUGCCCGGAGGCAGAACAAAUGGGUCCGAAACCGCUUCCUGAGACGUCCCGGGCCCAACGUGCCCCCGGUGUAUGGCUUGGAGGUGUCUGAUCUCUUGCGGUGGGAGGAGGAUGUGCUGAAACCUGCUCUGGAGAUUGUGGAGUGCUUCAUCCAGGGACGUGAGCCCCCAGCAGAGCCUGUGAAGAUGGAGUGUGAUAUAAAUGAGAACAAACGGAGUCAUCGCGUGUGUGAGCUCUGCGACAGAGUCAUCAUUGGGGACAGGGAGUGGGCAGCUCACACACGAUCCAAAUCCCACCUGCACCACCUGAAGAAGAGAAGGAAGCUGGAGGCCGCCAGCCGUGUUGCAGAGACUGAGGGGGACAGUGGGGGCCCAGAGACCUUGGGCAAGGACAGCAGCUUGCCUUUGCCGUAGGCCUGCAAACCAGCUGGCGAAGGGGAGCAGCCGCGCUUCCACCUGUACGGCGAGGAGGCGACUUAGUCCUGGGUGGCCUUGAACCGAACGAGCUGAGUCAUUUUUUUCGGGAUGAGGCAGGUGCGUAAGUGACGGCCAAAGGCCGUCGGCUGCAUCAGAUCCUCUUCAUGUGGCCUCAUCGCGCCGUGUUCCCAUGCUUCCCCAGCCCUGCCUGGAAAGGGCUGGGCCCUGGGGCAAGGCUGCUAGGAGUAUCCUCCCAUGCCAAGCGUUAAUUCCUGCCAGAGACGCAGCAUUAUCCUUGGAAUGGUUGAGCUGAUCCUGCUGGCAUGCAAACGUGUCGUUCUCAGAGACAGAAAUACCCUGCACUCCUCCAGCUUGGCCAGGAGUGCAGCUCCGGAGCUGAGUGAGCUCUUGCUGCCUUUAUUGUGGAGAGGAUUUUUUUUUUCUUUUAUAUGGAAAUAAAGCUGCAAGAUUCUUGCGGGUUCCCCUCCCUAUUUACAAGCGCAGUUUUCUUGCUCUCUGUUUCCACCUGGCCCAGGUUCCCUGCUCUGGGCACAGGGCAGGACGUCCAGGCCUGGUUCCUUCUUCCAGUCACCUUUUCUGCAGCUUCUGAGGGAGCUGAGCAGAUGUUCUCAGCUUGGUGGAGGCAGGCUGAUCCCUAUGCACAUAGCAGGUGCAGAAGGAGCUGGCACCUGUUAAACAGGAACUUGGAAAUGAUCUCAUCGAGUUUGCAACAGAUGAGCCUGUCCUAGUUAAAGCUGAAUUCCCGGGGGUUUACCCUGUGGUUUGGCAGUGGGAACCAGCCCCGCAUUUGAAUCCGAGUUGCUGAGCAGCAAAUUCCUUGUGCCACGUCCGUGAGGCAGUUGGUCUCCGCAGCGUCCUUCCUGGAGGACGCAAGCGCCGUCUGCGCCACCGCGCUUCCCGGCGUGCCGCUCUGGGUGAAACCGGGACGGCCUUUUCCAGGGCAUUUGGGAUUCUCCUGGCAAAUGCAAUCAAGACGGUUGCUCCUGGGAGGGUUUUGGGUUGGUAGAGCACAAAUUUUUCCUUCAGCUGCUUGCGAUACACCAUGUGGCAAGAGCCAUCUCUCAGGGCUCAGCCUGCGAGGGGAAGAGCUGCGUGGGUGGAUCUGCCAUCGCAGGCUCUGGAGAUGCCUGCUCUGGUGGGGAUUAGAUUAAACCUCCGGUUUGUGUUCCUCAGCACUGAAUUAUUUCUGUAACGCUCCGUGGGGCGGCUGCCUUGAGCUGUUUGAUAGGGGUGUGGGGUGGCUAGGGAGCUCGGACUGAAAAGGAAUAUGCAGGGAAGAGCUGGGAAUUUGGGUUGGCUUUUCUCUGCCAGCAUUGGGCAGAGCCGGGCAUCAGCUUUGAAAUUCUGGGCACCGCGUUUGUGUUGCUGGGUCUGUCUGCAGCGCCAGCUGAACCUCUUCUCCCGCCCAGACUUGUUUGCCAUCCACGCUGACUCAAGCGUGUAUGAGGAUACGGGCUCAGCCCAGCACUGGCGCCCACGGCCAAGGGGUCGUGGCGUGGAACUGUGUUCUAGCCUGGAUGGACAAGAUGCAGGCAAGGCUGGGUGUAAAGCCCCAUUUGCCGCUGAUGUGCUGAGUGUGGUCUUCUGAUAGACGGCAUGGACACCUUGAGUCAUCUCCCCAGGCCAGGCGAGGAUCGUCGGGGCAGCUCUGUGAAUGAGGGGUGGGAUUAUCUGCUCUGUCUCCUGAGUGCAGUCAGAUGACCAUACUGUUAGAAAUGGAUUUAAUAUCCUUAAUCGGUUUAAUAUGAACUUUGUUAUCCCCACAGAUAAAUGUUAUUCCUCUACCACAA